UUUUCAGAGGAAGUCGUGAUGUUAAUUUAUCUAUGGUGAAGUGUGAGCGCUUUGACAUCUGAGCUGAGCAUGUCGACUGGAGGAGGGGUGCAGACCCCCAUCUGCCAGGGCUUUCUGAAGAAACGCAAGGACAAAAUUAAGCUUCGGUGGGUGACUUACUGGUUCAGACUUUACAAUACAACCCUGUUUUUCUACACGAAGAAACAUGGAAGUGCCUUAGAUCUCAGGGGACAGUAUUACAUAUAUGAGGUGCAGUCUGUGCGCGAGGUAAGCGGGACAGAGAAUAAGGGCUAUCUUUUUGAGAUGACAAUGAAAAGUGGGAAGAAGAAAAUGCUGGCUGCAGAUACAGCUGAUGUUAGACAGCUGUGGAUGGAACAGUUGUGGAAAGCCAUGAUGCUCAAUGGGCCCGAUAGAACCAGACCUGUACCUGAUGGGGAGCAAAUUUCAGAUAAUAAAUCUGAAACUCAACCUUGCCUGUCUGAAGACACUUAUGCAAGAGACAACAGAUGUCUCUCUUUUGAUCAAGAGUCUUUCCAUUCCUUUAGAAGUAUUACUGAUGACAAACAGAGUCUGCACACUGACAAUGAAAUGGAGAUGAGCACAGAAGAGAUUUCACUGACAGACUAUGACAUUCUACCACCUCGAAAAUAUACUGACGAAACCCUCUAUAACCCACACCCCAACAACUGGCCAUCUAAUAAGAAAGAACAUGGGGUGACUGAAAUCAUUUACGAUGUUCCGAACGCAUUGAUUAGGAAAAAGUCAGAACAAACAGUUGGUAAGCUGUUGGAAAUUCUGGGAAGACUGUUUUAUUUGUGUUUCCCAACGAUCCCAUGGUAUACCUCAGACUGCAGAAUUGUAAUCAGUUUUUUGUGUUAUUUUGUUCCAUAGAAUGCUCUGGAAGAUCAAGCAACUAGAUUUCCUUUGUUAUUUAGCCUACUAAAUGAAAACCAAUUAAACUAACCACAUAAUCUGUUUGCCAUUUUAGAAUGUCACAGCAGUAGUGUAAGGCCUGAGAGUGGAGGUCUUCUCGAUGACAUGAUAGCCUCUCUGGGCAGUGAAUCUGCUGCCUGGGUCAAAACUGCUCCUCUGUGAUACAUUUGUAAACUUCAUGAGCCACUUUGAGCAAAUUGCUGAUAAAAUCAAUGUCUGCUAUGUUGUAGUAAAUUUCAGUAUUAUUAUGUGAUGUUUUAAAGGUUCUCUUUGUACUAAUGAGUUCUAUGCAUGCGUGACUUCCACGUUUCUGGUUCAUAACCUUUGGCAGU